GAACUCUUUACUUCGAGUACCUUGAAUCACUUAAAACAAAAGAGAAAGUGGAAAGGAGUGAAAAUUGAAAGUCAUGGCAGGAGGUGGUGGAAUUGGACCAUCCAAUGGGAAAGCUUACCCUGGAAAUCUCACUUGCAAAGUCUUCAUUACUUGCAUUGUUGCUGCCAUGGGUGGUCUAAUCUUCGGUUACGAUAUCGGUAUUUCAGGAGGGGUAACGUCAAUGCCUAUAUUCUUGAAGAAAUUCUUCCCGGAUGUGUACAAGAAGCAAUCCGGGGAGGUUUCCUCGGAUCAAUACUGUAAGUUCAACAGUCAGAUACUGACGAUGUUUACGUCGUCGCUUUAUAUAGCGGCACUUUUGGCGUCCAUGGUGGCUUCCAGCGUCACCCGUGUGUUCGGAAGAAGAGUGUCUAUGUUAUUGGGUGGAACACUCUUCCUUGCCGGUGCUUUAGUCAAUGGAUUUGCCCUGAAUGUUAUUAUGCUUAUUGUUGGUCGAUUUCUUCUUGGUUGCGGUAUUGGAUUUGCUAACCAGUCUGUUCCAGUAUACCUAUCUGAGAUGGCUCCAUAUAAAUAUAGAGGGGCACUUAACAUGGUAUUUCAACUGUCAAUCACAAUCGGAAUAUUAGCAGCAAACCUAUUGAACUACGUCAUGGCAAAUAACCCACAAGGAUGGCGGGUCAGCUUGGGUUGCGCCGGUGUACCCGGAUUAAUCUUCAUCGUCGGAUCCCUCAUGCUUCCCGACACCCCGAACUCGUUGAUCGAGCGUGGGAAGAAGGACGAAGCGAAGACGAUGCUCCAGAAGAUCCGGGGAAUCGAGAACGUUGACGAGGAGUUCGACGACCUGGUCCGGGCCAGUGAAGAAUCCAAGAAAGUCAAACACCCCUGGAUGAAUAUUAUGAAGACGAAGAACCGGCCUCAAUUGACUUUCGCCAUCCUGAUCCCCGCAUUCCAACAGCUCACCGGAAUGAAUGUGAUUAUGUUCUACGCUCCGGUUUUGUUUAAGACCAUCGGUUUCGGAGACAACGCCUCCCUCAUGUCCGCCGUCAUCACCGGCUUGGUCAACUGUGUUGCCACCUUGGUCUCCAUUGCCGUCGUGGAUAAGUUUGGGAGGAGAGUCCUCUUCAUUGAAGGUGGAAUCCAAAUGCUCAUCUGUCAGCUCUUGAUUGCUCUUGCAAUUGGGUGGAAAUUCGGGAUUCAUGGGAAUCCGGGAGCUCUCCCGAAAUGGUACGCAAUGGGGGUGGUGAUAUUGAUCUGCAUCUACGUGGCGGCAUUCGCAUGGUCGUGGGGCCCGCUGGGGUGGUUGGUGCCCAGUGAGAUUUUCCCGCUGGAGGUGCGGUCAGCGGGUCAAAGCAUCAACGUGGGAGUCAACAUGAUCUUCACAUUCUUCAUAGCUCAGAUAUUCACAUUGAUGCUUUGCAAGUUGAAGUUCGGGCUCUUCUUGUUCUUCUCCUUCUGGGUGCUCGUCAUGACUUGGUACGUCAUCAGGAGGUUGCCGGAAACCAAAGGGGUCCACAUCGAAGACAUGGCCGAAGUUUGGAGCCGGCAUCCACACUGGAGUAAGUACGUCCCGGCGCCUGAUGAGAAGAAGCCUAGCGGCGGCGGCGCCGGUGAUUUCGAGAUCAUUAAGAAACCACAAGAUUGCUGAUGAUGUUUAUUGUGCUGGGAGUAAUUGGAUUUUUCGUUUCGAAUAAUUUUUGUUGGAGUUUUGAGGACCUUGUUGUUAUUAUUAUUCUUUUCUGUUUCGGUUUUAAUUAUUAGUACUACUUAGAAUGUUGAUUAAUUAGUUGCUUUUAUGCAUUUCCAAAGCGGGAGUGUUCUUUUUUAGCAAUUUUGGUCCUAGCUUUUUAGCAAUGUUGAAGCAAGGUUGUCAAUUGUGUUUCUCAUUUUAAAAAAUGGAUUUUAUUUCAUCAAGUUGUGUUAA